CUUCCCGCCCCUGAAAGCGCCGCGCUCCGCGGGCGGGGAGAAGCGCAGGAAGCGCCGCGCGCCGCCCCGCUUGUUCCCUGCCCGGUCUUCAGGCUCGCCUCUUGCAGCCCGCCUCCAUCCCGCGGCAUGUCGAGCCUGCAGCGCCCCGUGCCGGCCCCGGCCCCGGCCCAGCCCGUCUCCCUCAGCGCAGAGCAGGCCAAAGUGGUUCUGGCAGAAGUGAUCAAGGCAUUUGGUUCACCAGAAAACGCCCAGCGCAUGGAGGAGGCGAGGGACAAUGCCUGCAAUGACAUGGGCAAAAUGUUGCAGUUCCUGCUGCCCGUGGCCACCCAGAUCCAACAGGAUGUGAUCAAAGCCUAUGGCUUCAGUAAUGAUGGGGAAGGAGUCCUAAAGUUUGCCCGAUUGAUAAAAUCUUAUGAGUCUCAGGACCCCGAAAUUGCAAGCAUGUCUGGGAAGCUAAAAUCCAUGUUCCUGCCUCCAAUGACGCUGCCUCCACAUGGGGUUGGAACAGGGGGUGUUGCAGCGUCAUGAAGCAGGCAGCCUCUGCUGCAUUUGCCUGUGUAGUUCAUGUUACAAUCCCUGCAACAGCAUGGGUUAAGCGGAUUUGGGGGCAUUUUUUCUUUCUUUCAUUGUCAUGGGAGAUGUUUUUGACUUUGGUGCGUAGUACUUGUUUCGUAUUUUGUGUGAAUUCCUUUUGUGCUUGUGAAUAAAAACUUCUUUGUUAAUA